AUGCCGAUCCUGAUCAGCAAGAUCUUCAAGGGCAUGGCGGCCGACCAAACGGACCAGCUGUACGUGGGGGACGCUAUUCUGUCGGUGAACGGGGAGGACUUGCGGGACGCGACGCACGACGAGGCCGUCAAGGCGUUGAAAAGAGCGGGAAAAUCAGAAAACACACAUGAACAAGCCGCAGCAGCCGACGACAAGUGCCUAUUUGUCCUAUAUGGAGGAGACGAGACGACAGAAUCCCUCAACAAUGUACGCUUCCAUACUUAUCUUGUCAAGCCAGCAGCCAACGCCAAAGUGAAUCUGACACGUUAA